CACACACCAAACCAAACCACACUUCCCAACAUGCAACAGACAGAGAGAGAGAGAGAUAGAGAGAGAUGCUGCAGGAUGCCGGGGAUGCUGUUAGGAGACAUCGUUCCCAAUUUUGAAGCCGAUUCCACUUUUGGCAGAUUGAAGCUGCAUGAUUUUCUCGGGGAUUCCUGGGGCGUCCUGUUCUCUCAUCCUCGAGACUUCACUCCUGUCUGCACCACUGAACUCGGCAGAGCAGCUCAACUCAGUCCAGAGUUCAGCAGACGCAACGUCAAGCUGAUCGCGCUCUCCGUCGACAGCCUCGAAGACCAUCACAGCUGGAGCAAGGACAUCAUGGCUUACAAUAACGCGGAGGCCGGAAGCGAGUUUCCUUUCCCAAUCAUAGCUGAUGAUCGGAGGAAUCUGGUCGAGAUGCUGGGCAUGCUGGACCCGGAGGAGAAGGAUCAGACCGGGAUGCCACUCAGCGCGCGAUGUGUAUUUGUGAUUGGUCCAGAUAAGAAGCUGAAGCUGUCCAUUCUCUAUCCUGCAACAACGGGACGUAACUUUGAUGAGAUUCUCCGUGUGGUUGACUCUUUGCAGUUAACGGCACACAACCGUGUGGCCACACCUGUGGACUGGCGGCCUGGAGACAGUGUCAUGGUGCCGCCCAGCAUCCCUGAGCAGGAGGCCAUGACGCUCUUCCCCGCUGGAGUUUACACCAAAGACCUGCCCUCGGGGAAGAAGUAUCUGCGCUACACACCACAACCAAACCCCAUCAGGAGUGAAUGUACAGACGGCUGAUGUAUGUGUAUGACAGUGAUGCCGUGUGAUGACAGCAGCUGUUCAAAAACACCAGAGCUGUUCUCAAAUGAAGAUGCAAAGUCCUCACGGGUUUUUUUUGUAAUGUUCAUGUUGCAGUUAAACUUAAUUUUAAUAAUAAUAAUAAAAACGAUACAAUUCUAAUGUGUAUUUUUACAUUUGCAAUGUAAUGGAUGUUUUUUUUUUUUGUAUGCAUUUUAUCAAGUAAUUUAUUCCAAAAUAACUAUAAGAACAUAUUUGCAAAUUACAAGUAUAUUUUUAAAUUGUAGUUCAAGUAUACAAGCAAACAUGAGUUUAAUUCAUCAAUAAAGCUGCAGAAA